AAUAUUUACCUAGAUGCAGGCGAGAGGUCCAUGGGAAAGCUUGCCAGAAAGAGGUCGAAGCAAGAUUGAACUCUCAAACAAGUUUAUAAAAGCAACCAGCUUGCAACAGAAAGAUUUGCUACUUGAUGGAGAGAUGCAGGAGAGACGAAGGGAUGAUGAAAGUUAUAUGGACAACGAACGUUCCAGAACUUUGUUGUGGAGCUAGGAAGCACACUGAGGACCAGAGAGAUGAGAAGUCUGGGCAGUCUGGAUGUUCGGAAGCGCCAGCCUGGCAGCCUCAGGAAUCUGAUUGUCUCCCUUCCAUCUUCCUGGCAACUUUCCUGGCCCUCGUCUUUGUCUCCGUGUCAGUGGUCCUGCUUUGUCAUGAGAAUGUCCACCUUCCUUUGAGGGACCUCAAGGACUUGAGUCCCCAGAGUGUUCAUCUGCCCAAGGAAGUUGUCCAAUCUCUUCAUCUUUUCUUCCCAAACCAGCUGGAAUCCACCUGGAGGACAUUCCUGCGAUAUGUUGGCAACCCUCUGAGGAAGUCUCAUUUAGAGGAUCCUUGGAUCCUGGUUGGAAUUGGCCCUGGAGAUGCAAGCCGGACCCUUCUCUGCUUCACGAAGAUGACGCUGUCCUUACUGACUCAGCAAAAACCCCUAAGUGUCGAGUUUCUGGACUCACCCAGCCCUUGGCUUCCUCCGAUGGGUUCUUCUGAAAACAGGACCUGGGUGAUCACCAGCGUCAAGGUUCUUCGGGGAGAGAAGAGUCUCCUGAGUGGAUUGGUGGUGUCCUUGCAAAGUCUCCGGAAUGGAAAAGGGGAAGCCACCAAGAAGACAUUUGCCCUCGUGGGGAAGGGCGUGGAGCAGAUCUGGGAGAAGUUCCUGCUGCAAAGAUCGAUCCCUUCGCUGAUCUCUGGAGUUUUGAGCUUGAAUCCCGAAAGGAGACCAGAUGAGAUGAUGGUUGACCAGGAGAACUUUCUUGUUCUCUUCAUCACCUUUGAGCAGUAUUUGGAAAGUGGGUUGGUUUGCUAAAGGAGGCUCAUGUUCUAUGUGCUGUCCUUUCCUUCCACAGAGAGCUUUCUUCUAAUUAAUUGGGGACAGGUAGAAUGAAAGGCCUACCCUAACGGGGAACCAAGAAGGUAGAAUGUCAGGCAAACCUGUCUGGGAAGUGGGAAAAUUGCUAUGAUUUAUGAAGGGACAGGGGUGAAGAACAGUGUUCAGGCUAGGGAAGUGAAGACCUGCAAGUAGGAACCCAGAUUUUCUGUGGACCCGAGCAUUUAUUAGCACCCAUGAAAUAAAGAUGGAAGAGUGGACCUUACAGGUUUCUUUGUCGUGAAGAUCUGCCCAAGAGAAUGACCCUAGAGCAGUGUUUCUUCCACUUUGGCCCCCUUACAAUGGUAUGGACUUCAACUCCCAGAAUUCCCCGGCCAUAAAGAACAAAAAGAAUUGAUUUGUCCAGCUUUUCCCAAGUGUUGCAAUCCGGACCGCGAAUAAAAGUCCUGCAAUCUUGCUUGUAAACUGAUGAUUGGACACACGUUCUGCUACACCUGUACUUAAAAGCUACCUUAUUAAAGCCUGAACUAUCUGCCGAGCCAGGGUGUGGGAAUUGUCCAGGGUGUAUGUUUACAUUUUAGCAAAGUCCCCAGACCUUCCAGUAAAGAUAUCUCGCA